UGAGGCGGCCCGGGUCCUCCCUCCCUUGGAUAGAGGUGAGCUGUGGAUUCAGAACUUCCUGUCAGGCUCAUCGGCCCCGGAGGCGGAUCUGACCCGCACAGAUUCCUGAUCAUGGCCUCCUCCUCGGUUCCAAGGUUCACUUCAAACUCCUUGGAAACUGCCUCGAUCCGAAGGCCAAAAGAUGGUUUAAACCAAGAGCCCAAUGACGAAAUCCCCCUUCUGCCUGGAGAAGCACUUGUGACAGAUAAAGAAGUCAUUUACAUGUGUCCCUUUAAUGGUCCAGUAAAAGGGAGGCUAUUUGUCACAAACUAUAAACUGUACUUCAAAGGUGAGGAGCCGGAGCCAUUAAUAGCAUUUGAAGUACCCCUUGGUGUCAUAGCAAGGAUUGAGAAGAUGGGCGGUGCCACAAGCAGAGGAGAAAAUGCCUAUGGUCUAGAUAUAACCUGCAAAGACAUGAGGAACCUGCGUUUUGCUCUGAAACAGGAAACGCAUAGCAGAAAACAGAUAUUUGAGGAUCUAACGAGACAUGCCUUUCCCCUGUCACACAGCUUGCCUAUUUUUAGCUUUGUUAAUGAAGAAAGAUUUCCAACCAAUGGCUGGAAUGUGUAUGAUCCUAUGGCUGAGUUUCAGAGACAGGGCUUGCCAAAUAAUAACUGGAGAUUAACCUUCAUUAAUAAGGAUUUUGAAUUAUGUGAUACCUAUCCCCGACAUUUGAUGGUCCCAUUUAAUGCCACAGAGGAUGACCUCAAAAAGGUUGCCACCUUCAGAUCCAGGAACAGAAUUCCGGUUUUGUCCUGGGUCCAUCCAGAAAACCAGUCUGUCAUUAUGAGAUGCAGCCAGCCGCUAGUGGGCAUGAGUGGAAAACGGAACAAAGAUGAUGAGCGGUACCUGGAGAUUAUUAAAGAAACCAAUGGCCAGCCUUCCAAAUUGACAAUCUAUGAUGCCAGGCCAAAUGUUAAUGCAGUGGCCAACAAGGCCACAGGAGGAGGUUAUGAGAGUGAAGAUGCUUACCCCUUUGCAGAGCUUGUGUUCUUGGACAUACACAACAUUCAUGUGAUGAGGGAAUCUUUGAAGAAACUAAAAGAUAUUGUAUUUCCACAAGUAGAAGAGUCUCACUGGCUGUCAAGCUUGGAGUCCACACACUGGCUAGAACAUAUUAAGUUGGUUUUAACAGGAGCCAUUCAGGUUGCAGAUAAAGUGGCUUCUGGAAAGAGCUCUGUGGUUGUGCAUUGCAGUGAUGGCUGGGACAGGACAGCCCAGCUCACUUCUCUGGCCAUGCUGAUGCUGGACAGCUAUUACAGGACCAUAGUUGGCUUUGAAGUGUUGAUACAAAAGGAAUGGAUUAGCUUUGGACACAAGUUCUCGUCUAGAAUUGGACAUGGUGAUAAGAACCAUGCUGAUGCUGACAGAUCUCCAAUCUUCCUCCAGUUCAUUGACUGUGUGUGGCAGAUGUCAAAGCAGUUUCCAACAGCCUUUGAGUUUAAUGAACACUUUUUGAUCACAAUCCUGGAUCAUCUAUACAGUUGCAGAUUCGGCUCAUUCUUGUAUAACUGUGAGUCUGUUCGGGAAAAAGAGAAAUUACGAGAAAAUACGCAAUCUCUGUGGUCUUGGGUAAACAGUGAGAAAUCAAAGUAUAUCAACCCAUUCUACACAAAGGAGUUGAAUCGAGUGCUGUAUCCUGUGGCCAGUAUGCGCCACCUGGAGCUGUGGGUCAAUUACUACAUCAGGUGGAACACAAGGAUAAGACAACAGCAGCCAAACCCUGUAGAACAGCGCUACAUGGAGCUGCUGGCAAUACGUGACGAUUAUGUCAAGAAACUUGAAGAAUUGCAAAUCUCCAAUUCACCAAAAAUGAACAAUUCCUCCACCUCGCCACCUUCACCGUCACGAAUAAUGCAAACACCAUUUUGAACAAAACUAACUCUUUGUAUGAAGUAUAGAUACCGGCUGUGCUAUUUUUCAGAAGGCCAUUUUAAAUGAUGCCUUAUUUGAAGGAAGUUGGAGUCUUCGCGGUUGAACAAAAAUGUGCCUUUUUUAAGAUCUUGAAAUAGUCCUCUUUUUAUAUGUUGCACUGGUAUACAGAGCUUGUUAUACAAUAUGUAAGAGUACUUGGGAUAGCUGUUAACCAGAUCAGUUUGGUCACCGAAAUAUAUUUUAGUAACUGGAGAUAAAAAUGCAGGUUGUUUUCAUAAGAUUUCGUGUUCAUCCCAAAAUACUUUUUUUUUUUUUUUCUUUUUUUUCUUUUUGCAUUCAUGUUUUUUUCCUCCUCUUUGUCUUUAACAGCCCUUGUCUUCCUUUUGUAGUGUGUACCAGUGUCACAUAUUCCUUGUGCAGGCCACACAGGGCAAGCCAACAUCUGUUGUAAAGCUUUGCUGUACCUCUCAGUAUUAAUGCUCUCUACUGUAAGCUAAGAUAAAAAUAAAAAAUAAAAAAAAUUGUACGGUAAGAGUGCAAAAAGUAAAAAUAUAGGAGAUAUCGUUUUCAAAUGUAGCUCUGGUAGGUUUAGCACUUGGCCCUUAUGGAAGUCGUCUUGCAUUUUAAAUGCUGGAGAUUAAGAAAAGUUUGCAGUUUAAGGUCUACUGCAUACUGCUACCAAAGAUGAACUUCAGAACGCUGGUAAAAUGAAUUUCAGAGUUUUCAAAUGAUUGUGCUUAAUUUACCUAUGUUAAAGAGCACCCUUAGGCCCAUAGCUUUGAUUCCAACAUGUGGAAAUGACACAUUGUGUAUGCAUUCCAUGUAUGGAUGCAGUACUUGGGGGUGUUUCAGGUUUUUUGGACUUGUAACAGGAAUCUGUUGCAUACAGUAUCUUGCAUAGGUUCAGGAUAACAAAGUGCCAGUGCAUUUUCCAUGUUGGAGGUACUGCUGUAAGUCAAACUGACAAUAGGAAACAGUAAGUGCACCUUAGCUUGAUAUUGGGAGUUUUUUAAUUAGCUUGUUAACAUGAUAAUAGGCAAAAAUUGCGCUACUUCUAUAUCUUGGUUGUAAUGUUCCAUUAAAUAUUUUUAUUCAUGCCAAUGACAUCUAUCUGUACACUAUUGUUACUGCAACUUUUUCUCUGAAGCUUGCACAGAAAAAUCAGUGUGUAAUUUACUUAUUUCUGUGGAUGUUGACCCCCGAGAGGCUCUUUCAGAAGACCACCUAUAGCUCUUCAGGCCACUUCUACAGAAGUAAGCCUCUCCUAUUGAUUCUCUUGGACCUGCUCUGAAAACGGAACAUUUGUGAUCAUUUCCUUGUAUGUUCCUUUGGGCAUAAGUAGACAUUUUUUAUGGUUUGCAUGAAAUCCGAGUGUAGAUAAAAUUACGCUGCUUUGUCUUCUGGUUUACUCAAGCUCUCAAGCUGCUCCAUGCUUGAUACCUUUUUAUAAAUGUAUGUUCUCUACAAAUAACCACAAUAGUUUAUUUUAAACUAAGCCAGUCUUCCUCCCUGUUAGGACAGCCUAUAUUCUGCCUUCAAUCUAGUUUUGUUCAUUCACACUUACUGUAUCUUUAUGACCAGACUUUUAUACUAACCCUACCUCAUUGUGGCUUUCAAAUGUUUCCUUGUCCCAAUGAAAGCGAUAAGUUUGGUAGUUGUACAAUUAUUUGCAUUGGAAAUUAAUAUCCUUCUCAAGGAGACAAACCGAAAACGGGACUGUUGAGGUACUUUAAGGUUGCGUUCAUACUGUACCGCUGCUAUGCCCUAUAACAAAUGCACACAUAGUCCUAAUAUCAUAAAUAUGUAGUAUUCACAUCCUUGCACUGUUUCGCAGUGUGAUUUUUAAAAUAUGACCUGUCCGAUGUUUUUUCCAUAAUAAAGCAUUGGGAGGUGUGUGGAGUGAUGGCACGUCUUAAUGGGUUACAGCAUGCAUUGAUAUCACAAAGAAAAUACACCUGAAUUAAAGACUUGUUAGAAUCCAAAACCCAGUAGUCCCAUCUAGCUAAGUUUUUUCUGUUUAAAAUAGUGCCAUUAGAGAAAAUUCACAAUUUGGGAUUAUGGUUAACAGUUUUGUAGAUAGUUUGUUAUAUUUACCACACAAUGGUAAUCUUUCAAAAGCCAUUUAAUAGGCAGACAAGAGGCUAGUAAAGGCUUUUUCUUCAUUGUCCCAUAAAACAAUUUGUGUUUAUACUAAAAGAUACCCAGUUGUAAAGCAAUUAAUCUGGAAAGGAAAUGAUACAUGUCUAAAAAGAAUACAUACUGGAGCCAGGUAAAAAUGGUGCACACUCAGGUAUCUACAUGUUAGGAACCAACCUUUCUGGCAUUCAAUAUUCUCCUUCAGACCCUGGUGCAUGCUAGUCAACCUUCCCAUUACUGCCUGUAAAUACCAGGGUUCUCUGUUCACCAGUCUUAGAGAUGAAUGGAAAAUUGUAUGAGACAACAAUUGUGACUGGUCGGGAAAAUCCAACCCAGCUGCUGUGCUGCUCGCAUCAGUAUGUAGGUUUCUGCUCGCAUCUGAAGAUGCCCAUAGAUCUUGCAAUAGACCCCUGGCAGAUUUGCUCUACAGCAGUUUAAAUCCUUUGAAAUUGAAUGAUGCCUGGUUCACCUCCUAUAUUCAAGGCUGGUGGAGGCAAGUCAUUCAAUGCACCCAGAAGUGUGUGCUGGAUGCAGAAGAUUCUUCAGGGGCUGUAACUCUUACAGAGAAGAUCAGAGAAGUAUGUAGUAGGGCUUGCUUUGAUGGGCAUAAACAAUGCAGCAUGUUUAGAGUUGCACUUCACUUGCACUUGUCAUCAGACUCUGAGAUCAUGCAGAAUUUGUUGAUCGGUGCAUUUGACUUCUAUGCUGAAUAAAGCUGCCUUAAGCUGCAUUCCUAUUGACUUGUAUACAGAGAGAAGCCAUUGUAAUGCAAACAAAAGCCUUUCGACGCUGGCCAGUAAUCUUUUUCUUUGUGAAAUAGUCAAUUUUACUGCCACCAACAGGAGGUUGGGAAACUGGCAAACCAAAAAAUAUUAAAGCCUGAAUUUAGUUGAAGAAAAAUCAACACAAUGAGCAUUCCUGUACUUGUCCCUGCUCAUCAAGAGUGCCGACUAUGCCCAUGCUGUCCAUCUCCCCUCCUUCAUUCAAAGAAGCUGUACUCCACCUUGUACGAAUGAAAAAUAAUCUAUAAAUGGGGGUGAUCGUGGGCAGAUGAAUAAAAGGUCCACCUCCUCCAGUCAUCGUCUUUUACUUAUAGAAUGGGGGGGCAGGGGAUUGGAGCAGGAAGAUGUCAACUAAAGCAGAAGCCAGAGGCAAAUGGAACGCAUCAUAAUGAUGGGGAGGAGUUGUUCUUUGUGGGUGUUUUUUUUUUUUUUUUAAUAAACUUGGCCAGCCCCUGUAAAAGGCAUGGCUUUUUGCUAGUGUCCUAGGAGGGUUGGGUGCCUUUUUAUUCAGCUUUGCUGAGGUCGAUAUUUUUGCUAGCCUUUUUGUUUUCUAAUAUUUCUUUAUUGAGCAUAUUUUUCUGCCAUGAUCUCUGCAUCUGUUGGACUCUCAGUGGCUGUUAUCCACCCCUCAGUUGCUUUUGGACAUCCAAACUGUUUAAUAAUUCAUGAAUUUGUGUGCCCCUCAAUAGACAAUAAAGAAAAUAAUGGACACAGGUCAUGCCCCUCUGUGGCUCUAUGUACUACUUGCUCAUACAAUGAUUAGUCGCACAAGGACUGGCUUUAUGACUUAUUUUUUUUCUUGCCAGUGUCCCAGCCUGCUCUAAGUGUCAGAACGAUCUGAUUAUUUUGCCCCUUUUCCCUUUGAGGAGUUUGACCAGGAAAGCCAUACUGUUUACAACUAUCCCUGAGUUAGCCAAUUGGCAUGAUGCAUAUUGUAUUAACAGUGUUUCUGGGCACUAAAUAUCAUGCUAUUCACGUUUUUAGAUGUUUGCUACAUUUUUAUUCGUUUUUCAGGUAUGUCUCCCUUGUAAACUCUUCAUUUUAUUACAGUAUUUGAAGGGAUGUUUCAGGAAUUUUAUGUUUUAGAUUGUAAAUUAUUGUAAAGGUUUAGAGAGUUAUAUAAUACUUAUAAAAAAUGGGUAGUAUAAAAGAUAAUCAUAAUACAAUGUUGUACAUACAAUACUAGAUAUAAAUGCAGUAAGAAAAUUGGAUAUCAUUCAUUGCUUAAUGUAUUUUUAAACCUGAAAACAAAUGUAUGUAUUUAGAUGACAUUUGCACAUGUUAAUAUAUGUAUUCAUUAUCUUGUUUCCCUUUCUGUUUGGAUGAUAUUAUGUCCACCCUGAUUAAAAUAGGCAAAUCUGCUAAUUAAACUUAUUCUGCAUAAAUCCUCUUCA